UCGACAUUUCCUAGUGUAGUUCCUUCAUGUAAACAUUUGUUACUUCAGCGGAAGGAUAUUGUGACGGGAUUUAAAAGAGACAACCUUUAUCAUGUUAGGCUACUUAAGCUUGGCAUUACUUGCUGUUACAUUUAAUUUUGUCCAUACGUCUUCAUUGCCGAGUAUCCGAGUAUUUGAUCACAAACCACAGAAUGUAGAGGAGGAAGCUAACGGGUGUAGCUGUGUGGGCUACACGUGUGGAUGUUGUCAGCAUUUAGAGGUGGACGAGAUAGGUCUGAACGACACUGUGUGUAUCAACGUGAAGUACCUGAACCAGGAUUACGGGUUAGAGGUCACACUCAGCGUGGAUGGACACGUCUACAUCAACGCCUCUAUUUCAGCUCGGAACCCUCCUCCAUUGUGUGCCGCCAUACCGGGACUGAAGGAUUUGGCCAGCAUCUGUUUACAAUUCUACAACUUGAAUGUCAACUCCACUUCCUUUUCCGGUUGUAUGAGAGUGGUUGCCAAGCUUAAAUACGUCACUGUGGAUAAAAUAAAUAUCGGCUGCUUCAAAAUCCCUCCCUCUAAAUCCGGCGCCCGGACAGUCCCAAAAGUCCAGUCUAAAGAAUUCCUGGCUUUUGUGGAGAAAUACAUGGAUGCUAAACGCUCGGACUAUAAAUGGUUAGAUCUGAAGAAAUUUGAUGUGAGAAGUCUUAAAUGAGCAUUAGAAACCAUGAAAGAGACGUAUACUGAACUAAAUACUGACUAUUUCUCCACAUCCAUGAAGUCCACAUUUAUAUACUAAAGUAUACUUGAAGACUUUUUAAAAGUAUACAAUUUUUUUUCUCGUACUUUAUAAAUGUAUUGCUGAAGUUUUGUUUAAUUUACGUUAUUUUUACCAAUAUGCAUUUACAAAAAAAGAUUUCUUUCAAAAUAAAACGUGUAUACAUGCAAAUUUGCUUAAAGGUCAUAUCCUGCUUUUCAGGUAAUUUUUUUUCGCAAAUGUAUAAAGUAUAUACUAAUAUUGUAUCAAGAUAUAUAUGCAUGUUGAACAUGAAGUGAUCAGUAGAAACGAAAAACUGAAAUUAAAAAAAAAACAACCAUA